ACGGAUGUAAUUUUCGUUACUCCUGACUUGCGGCAUGUUUUUCAAAACGGCGUAGCUAAAUUAGCUAGUAGACGAUGAAUUAAGCUAAUUAUAUGUUUGUAUCACAAUGUCAACACACUCAAGCUUCUAUCGGUUACAUCUUUAAAGUAGAAGGAAUCUUCUGAUAUUGUUGUCUGCCGCAAUGGAAAGUGAUAUUUUAGAUGCGCUGGAACAAGUCGGGUAUGACGGACCUCUGCAGAAUGAGGAGACGCUUGUCAGAGCAUGUGAAGGUGGACUGUCAUCACCUGAGUAUGUCAACCUAUGCAUGUGGUUAGCAUCCCGUCUGAAACCGUUAUGUGAUCUGGAAGAGAGCAUUACGUCAGGUUCAGGUGACACUGAUGGCCUUCAGUUUGAGAUGAGUGGCAUGCUGAAGGAGUUGCAGUGCCCCUAUCAAGGCCUUGUCUCCGGGAUUCUACAGGGAGGGCUGCAGAAUAAUAAAGACUAUCUAAAGCUAGCAUUGUUUUUAUGCUCCGAGCUACAAGCUGCGCAGAUAGUAAAGAGACGACCUGCUGAGGACAAAGAACACAAAGACAGAAACGAUCUCCAGGCAAUCUGUGAAACACUGAAGCUCCCAGAGCCAAGAGAGCAUGGAGUAGCAGAGCUGUUCUCUGGGAUAGGGAAAAAGAUAAACGCACUGCUUCAAGAGCUUCCAAAGGAUCACAUUGGAAAGCCAGUACUGAAUAACUCUCUCGACAGUGAACAAUGGGAGAGGCUGGAGCAGAUCAACACGGUCCUGUCCUCAGAGUAUGAGUGUCGACGGAGGAUGCUGAUCAAACGUCUCGACGUCACUGUGCAGUCUUUCGGCUGGUCAGACAGAGCUAAGGAGAGAGUUGACAGCAUGGCCAGGGCCUACCAGCCUAAGAGACACUCCCUGGCCCAGAGUUCAUCUGUAGGCAUGGCUCACCUGUUGGCAGCCAGGGAGGACAUAUGCAACGUGGUGAAGACCAGCAGUGGCUCCAGCAGAGAGAAUACUGCCUGUGCUGUCAAUAAGAUCCUGAUGGGGAGGGUGCCAGAUCGAGGUGGCCGGCCCUCUGAGAUAGAUGCCCCCCUCCCUGAGAUGCCAACCUGGCAGAAGAGACAAGACGGCGGAGGGGGUUGGGGUGGUGGUCGGGGAGGUGGUGGUGGUGGUCGGGGAGGUGGUGGUGGUGGUCGGGGAGGUGGUGGUGGUGGUCGGGGAGGUGGUGGUGGUGGUGGUUGGGGAGGUGGUCGAGGAGGUGGUGGUGGUAGUUGGGGAGAUGGUGGUUGGGGAGGAGGGGGUAAGGGUGGCUGGCGAGGUGGUGGAACUGGUUGGGGUCAUGGAGGAAAGAGAGGACGUUAUCAAUACUAACACCAGGGUUUUUUUAAACUGAAAAGCCAGACAGUGUUCAAUAGGUGAACUGAAACCUACUCAUGGGUAUAUGCGCCGCUAAGGGCAACACUAAGGGCAACGCUAAGGGCAACACUAAGGCAUUGCUUAUUUGGAGUGAUGAUGUGGACUGGACUGAGAUGUACAGAAUGUUACUGUAUGAACUCUCCUAAAUAUUUGUCACUGAUUUUUGUGUUCAUUUUCAGAGUUCUUAUGAACUGUGUUGCUGUGGAAAGUUGUCGAAGCAAUACCGACAGUAAGUCAAACUCACUGACCAUUUUUGAUUUAGUUUUACUUAUUUUCUACUAAUUGUAUGUUGGUAGUCUUAUCAAAUGACAUUUUUGGAAAUUGGAAUCAUGGUAAUGACCUUUUUGAUUUGAAGUAUGAUAAAAAAAUAAUGUAUGCACUCACUAACUGUAAGUCGCUCUGGAUAAGAGCGUCUGCUAAAUGACUAAAAUGUAGAUGUAAAGACUUAAUCCGAUUGACUUGAAUAAUAAAAUGCUUUCUUCAGAUUUAAA